CACUAUGAACAAGGUCGCGGAAGUUCCAUAAGUGGGGCAUUCCAAUUCAAUGCAAAUACUAGCAUGAGACGUUAUUAGGAAAUUGAAUCUUGGACAGAGUAGCCAUGCGUAAAAUAAUUUAUACUGUGGUGCUGUGUAUUUUUCUACUUAGUGGAUACAGCUUCAGCACUGUGGUUCAGAAACUAUUUCCAGGAUUUGGUGGCUACCAUUAUCCCCCUGCUCAAGUACAAACUUCUUACCCGGCUUACUACGAAGGUAGUUAUAGACAGACGCAACGAGCUCGACCACAGGAACACCAGCGCUCUUACAAGGACAUUUGCCGCGUGGUCAACACUAAUGGCUUUACAAAUCCGGGAGGAGUACCCAAAUGUCCCUUUUAGCUUGCACUAUAUUUUACAAAAGCAAUAUUGAAUGUACAACUUUGAAUUUUCACUAAAUAAAUAUAAAUACGA